AUGAACUAUCUUCAUCUGUUCCUGUGCCUUGUGCUCUGCCUUUCCAGCAGUAGGAGUAGGAACUAUCCAAGACACAUUACCAGAUUGACUCCGAAAAAUAAACGCUAUUGGAGGAAUCGAAACAACUGGAGCAGGGGUGGUUGGCAGGUGCGCAUUGUCAGCGCUGAUGGAGCUUUCAGUUGUGGGGGCGCCUACAUUGCUCCAUUAUUGGUGGUAACAUCUGCCUUUUGUAUACAGCCGUUUCGUUAUGUUCUGGACCAGGUCAGCGUGGAAUCGAUAGCGUAUACAAAUUCGGAUUUCGAUCAAUUUGCCUCAAUUGAUACAGUCUAUACACCUAAUGAUAGAAAUAUGACAGCUGGCGAUAUAGCUUUGGUGCGAUUAAAGUCCCCACUUAAGGGUAAGCUAACAGAGUUUAUAAGACUUUGCCGUAGAAAGAUAAGAGAUGACAUGAAUUUAACCGUCAUGGGAUAUGGUCGAGGUAAAUCGGAAAUUCAGCCUACUUUCACAUUUUCGAAUAGAUCACUGAUAGUUCAAGUGGGCGAGAGAUGUCGUCAUAAGGGUGAAAUGCUUCAUAAGUCAACGAAUUUUAGUUUCUGUGUGUUCCAUCAGGAUAAGCAGAAUAAGUGCCACUAUGAUGGGGGUUCGCCCUUAAUUUGGGAAAAUGAACUCUGCGGCUUAGUUUCAUGGGGUCCAUGGUGUCAAAUGGAUUCCUAUCCAGACUUUUAUAUAGAUAUUUUUAAGGCCAAGAAAUAUAUACAGAAAACAGAAGACGAUAUAUUAUGUGGCGAGUUGGCCUAAAUGGGGAGUUCAAUAUGCGCCAUUUAGAGCGUGGCGCGAAGAUCUUGGGUGAUUAGUUUAGAAUCAAAAUGAAUGCCAAAUUGUACACUUCGACCAAAGGUCGAUUCCUCCUAUCUAUCUAUGGAAUCCUCGGUAUCGUUCUCGAAGCCGCCCAGGCAUCGGAACCUUUUGUAUUGGGCAGUGCAAACAAUUUGCACAUAAAGUCAGCCGUAAGAACUGUGGACACAGAGGGCUACCAGCUGACAGAGGGCACUGCACAUGUAGGACCUUGGCUAUUGCGCAUUUUAGAUGGCGAAAGAUUCGCCUGCGGUGGUGUCUACUAUGCACCAUUGUGGGUCAUCACAUCGGCAAAUUGUAUGUAUUUGUAUCGUAGUCGACUAAACCAAUUAAGUGUGGAGUAUGUCACACCCCGGUCGGGGGAGAGCAAGAAUUAUGCUUUAAUAGACAGCGUCGUGGUGCCCAAAAUGUUUCGCCAGUAUAGUAAUUUUAUGGACAUAGCCAUGGUGAAGCUGCUCAAUCCCAUUGAGCGUGAUGGUGAUUUUGCCAAACUGUGCAGCAAACCGCUCCGCGAGCACCCCCAACUGGCUGUUGUGGCCUGCGGCGCUGGUCCGGACGAAGAGUUGCGGACGGAGCAGAUUUCCCUGAUGAAAAAAAUGGAGUGCGAGAAUGAGUAUGGAAAACUACGGCUCACCGAGACCAUAGCAUGUGGCCAUGAAUUCAACCGGCCUCGGGAGUGCAUGUUUGAAUUUGGUUGCCCUGUCACAUCACAGGAUAAAGUUUGCGCCAUUGUAGCCUAUGGACCGGAAUGCUCUAAGCCUGGUGCUCCUGGACUAUUUACUGACAUAUAUCAGGUUAGGCACUUCAUCCUAAAUGCCGUCCGAAAUAAGCCCCAUAGAAAACACAAGAUUCGCCGAAUUUCACGGCGCUCCAGACGAGUAUAUUAGAUCCUCUAUUGAAUUGCGAGUAAAACAAUUCUGUCAAUUUCAAA